AUUGUCAAUCGUUUUGUCGCUGGGAACUUCCUUCUCCAUCGCUAAAUAGGGUUUCGAUUCAAGAUUGCGUUUGAUGCUGCCAUCGACGACGGCGCUUCAGUGGGCACAAGAGGUUACGAAUUGUCAUGAUGAACGAGCUUCUGACAAUCCGAUCUCCCCGAUUCAACCUCAUGAAUCCAACUUCUCUUCGCCGAUCACUCAGAUAACACCAUCACAGUCACCUCUACCUAACGAUCCUCAAGAUUUUAACAAAUCAUACAUGAUUACGACGAUUAAGGCUGUUCCAUAAAGAAUUGGCUUUCCCGUUCUUCAAGUUUUGAACCCGGAAGUGGAAUCGUUCUGUGCAAAAGAAUGGAUUGAAACAAGUUCAUCGAUUCAAGAGAGUGGUAUCAAAGAUCUGCUAUCGACAUACAUGAAUCAAGACUAUGGAUCAAAUACAAGGAAAGAAUUAAG